CAAGCUCAAACUAUUGCAGCAGCUCAGGAAAGAUGAAAUAUGAUAGGAAAGUAGCGCAAGAGCUGAAGCCUGCGUCGCUAAUGGUGCUGUCGCAGGUUGCAACCGCUGCUGUGAACGUGCUUUAUAAGUUGGCCAUAAAUGAUGGAAUGAACAUUAUGGUCCUCACUUCCUACCGUCACAUUUUCGGAGCUGCUUUCUCUCUUUCUCUUGCUCUUCUUAUAGAAAGAAAGAGGCCAAAGUUGACAUGGAGGGUGCUUUUCAUGGCAUUUUUUUCCGGUCUAUUUGGGGGCACUUUAGCGCAAAAUCUUUAUUUCAUCGGUUUGGCUUGGGUAUCAGCAACAUUUGCUACUUCCCUUUAUAAUCUCGUUCCUCUGGUUACUUUUAUCUUCUCCGUUUUGUUCGGGUUGGAAAAGUUAAGUUUGCGAACAACCUCAGGGAGGGUGAAGGUGUUGGGACCAAUAAUAGGAAUUGUUGGGUCAAUGGUGUUGACAUUUUACAGAGGGACAGAAAUUAAGAUCUGGACCUUCCACACUACUCUCUUACAUAAAAAUCAAAAGGGUCACCUAGGAUCAUCGAACCUUGAUUCUGGAAGAAGAUGGGUGGGUGUUUUAUGUGGUCUUGGAAGUGUUGUAAGUUUUUCAUCUUGGCUCAUCAUUCAGACAAAGAUGAACAAAGAAUAUCCAAGCCAUUUCUCAAGUAGUGCAUUGAUGAGCUUAAUGGGGGCAAUACAAGCCACAGUGUUUGCUCUAUGUGUUGAGAAGGAUUGGAGCCAAUGGAGGUUGGGUUGGAGUAUCAGGCUUCUAACUGCGGCUUUCUCUGGAAUUGUGGUAUCUGGAGUUGUUGUUAUUGUCACUGCUUGGUGUGUAGGGGUUAAAGGUCCAUUGUAUGCAUCUGUUUUCAACCCUCUCUCACUUGUCAUUGUGGCUUUUUUUGCUCCUUUGCUGUUGGAAGAAAACCUAUAUCUAGGAAGUGUAAUUGGAGCGGUGCUUAUUGUGUGUGGGUUGUACAUGGUGCUGUGGGGUAAAAGCAAAGAAAUAAAAACAUCAUCGGAAAAAACCAAACAUCUCGAAGCGAGUUCAGGUGUUCAAAUUACCAACAAUUGUUGACAAUGAGUAUCGGUGAAUGGACAUGAAUAGCUCUCGUCACGUGCUAAAUAUGUGUGUGUUGAUGCUAUCUGAUUAAUAAAGUUUAUAUUUAUUACUUUAA